AUGGAAGCCGAUGGCGCGUCGCUGUUCCCGGUGAGGAGCCUGGCAGAGGCACAUUUGGAGGAGUGGAAGAAGGCGCACAAGUACGACGGCAAGGUCGGCGUCGGCGUCGUCGGCGUCGGUGCGUCGGGACCCCAGGCCGCGAGAAGAAAUCAUUCGAACGUGUUGAUCACGGACUCGAGCACGCAGAAGGCUCAUCUGGAAUCGCCUGGAGGCCGCGCCCUCGGCGCCAAGCCCGGCGCCGGCGCCCGAAGCCGGCUGCUGGCGGCCGGCGAGGAGGAGCUGCCCCGAGGGUCCUUCGGCGCCGGAGGCUGGGCACCCGGCGGCAAGGGGUGCUACCCAAGGAUGAGCCACAAGGAGGCUGCCGAGGCGCGGCGCGCCGUCCGGAGAGUGCUGCUGAACAAGUACAAAGGCAUGUCUCGUGCCUGGCGCGACCUCGACAUCAACGGUGACGGCCGCCUGUCGUUCUAUGAGUUCUGCAGGGCGUGCCAUAAGCUCGGCGUCGGCUACUGCCCGCGGCAGCUGUGGGACGCCUUCGACAUGGACAGGAACAGCUUCAUAACCCUGGACGAGGUCGACCCCGCGUUCGGCAGCCUCCUAGGGAAUUUCGCCUCGCAUGUCCUGAGCGUCUACGACACGAUCGAGGAGGCGUGGCACAGCUGCUUCAACCGCCGCGGCUCCGGCCGCGUCGACUUCGAGUACUUCUCGCGGGCGUGCUCCCAGGUGGGCUUCGACGGCGACCACGGUGCUGUGUUCGAUGCCCUCAGCGCGGACAAGGCCACGACCGGCAUCAACUGGAGGGAGUUCGACCUGCUCCAGCUUUGGUCGGGCAAGGAGCCCCCGGAGUACGCAAGCCCGCUGCACAGCGCCGCGGAGGCGGAUGCUUUGGCCAGGAGCGUCGACGAGAAGGACAUGGUGCACGUCUUGAGGUGCCGGGCCGACCAGCGGGCCAGGGCAAAG